AUGAGCUAAUUCGAAACAAAUUCUUAAGCUCAAAUUUCCAAUCAAGAAAGGAGCAAACCAAGUUCUAAUCGAUAAUUAGGAAUUUCUAAUUUAUAAAAUGGAUAAAAUGUUAAAAACAUCGAUAAUAAUGAGUAUUCCAUUAAUAAUAAUACUUUAGGUUUGUUCCAAGAAGAUCUUCGCAAACAAAUAAGUAAGAAAUUUAUACCAUUCUAGUUAUGGUUAUUCUUAAAAUAUUCCUUAAGUUUAACAAUAUCCACAAUUCAAUUACCCUGUAUUGGGAUAAUAAACCAUGAAAGAAUAAGAAAACGAAGAAUAGAUUCAAAGAUUAAUGAAAGAGAAUGAAACAUUGAGGUAUGCUACAAACAGUAAUUAGAUAUUAGUGGAGAACCUUGGAGUAAGAUAACUAUAAGUUGAAAAACGAUAAGUAUAAAAUCUGAGUAUAAUAGUCUUCAAUUAAGUAACAGGGAUAAGAGUAAUAAUGCAGAAAUUUAAGGUUUACAGUAUGAUAUAUAUAAAUAUUCUAGGGAUCAAAUGUUACAGUUAAAAAAUGAAAAUAAGAGAUUAAUGAAUACAAUUCAAGAUGAUCAAUAUCAGCUUUUAGAUUUAUAAAAAUUAAAAAAGCAAGUGGAACUAAACAAAGGACUUGAAAAUUAGAUAUCUGAUUUAGAAUAGCAACUUGCUAUUGCUAACAAACAGGUCUAAGAACAAAAAAGAUAAAAUUCUUUUUAAGACGGCGAGAUUUAGACGCAAAAAGAAACUAUUGAGAAAUUCAAAGCCUAGCUUAAAGAGUUAACAUAAAAUAACGAUGCACAAAGUUAAAAAAAUGAUUCGCUCUUAAACGAUAAUCGAAAGAUGAAAUAAGCAUUAGAUAUGAUCAAUAAAGAAUUUACAAAUCAAUAAGAAUAAAAUUAAGUGUUAAUUUAAAAAAUCAAUCAGCUAAAUUAGGGAUCCAAAGAUUCGAUAAAUAAUCUAUAGAAAAAUAUCUAGAAUCUAAAUUUUUAGAAUGAUCAAUUAAAAAAUUAAAUCCUCUAGCUUCAAUAAAAAGAAAAGGAGCUAUUAAAUGCAUAGAAUCUAAAUUUACAGAAUGAAAAUAAGUUAAGACAGAUGCAAUAAUAAAUUUCAGAUUGUAUUUUUAUAUAUAAAUUUUAGAAUAAAGGCAGAUUGACCAGUAUGUAAUGACUAUAUAGACAGGAAAGAAUGAGUAUCAAAAGUUAGCUCUCAAAAGUUAAUCAUAAGAAUAGGAUAUUUGGAAGAUGAAAGAAUAAGUUAACCAAUUAACCACAUAAAACUAAAUGUUACAAAAUAAAUGUUAUCAGCUCGAAAGAUCGAUUGAAGAUAGUUUAUCUAAAUCACAAAUAUAAUCUGCAGAUUUAAAAGGAACUCUUGAUAGAUGGAAAAACUAUGGAUUAUCAUUGGAAUAAGAAAUAAAGAAAAGAGAAGUUGCAUUACUCCAAUUAGAAAAUGAAUAUGUGCAUAUGCAAAGCCAAUUAAAAGGUACUCAAGAAAACGAAGUCUAAUUCAGAAAUGAGAGAGCAAUAACAUUAUAAAAAAUGAAAGAAAUGCAUGAUGAUCUGUUACUGUAUGAAAAGAAAUGUAAUUAAUUGGAGAGAGGUAAAAGUCUACAAGUUAUAAUUUUAGAUUUAUAAUAAUAAUAAGAGUAAAAUAAUAUUGCCGUAUAAAAUCAAGGUAGAUUAGAACAAGAAAAGCAGCAAUUAAAUUAAGAGGUGAAAAAUUUAAUGGAAGAAUUGCACAGGACAUAAAAUUAAAAUGAUUUGAAAUAAAGGGAAUUUGAUGCAUUAUAGAUGAAAUAUGAUUCUGAAAAUAAUGUCAAAGAGAGAGAAGUUUAAAACUUGCAAUUACAUAAUAGUAUGCUUUAAGAAAAAAAUAAUUAAUUAGAAACUGAUUUGGCAAGAGAAAAAGUAUAUUAGUUUUGAUAACUUUUAGGAGCAAUUAUUUUAGAUGGAAUCUAGAAUCAGGAGUUUAGAGGCUGAAAUCCAAAAUCUUCAGUUUAAAUAAACCUUAAAAUAAUAAUAUUCAUGGAACUAAGAAGUACCAAAUAAUCAGAGCAAUCAGAACGAAUUAACAGAAAAUAGCCAAAUUUAUACAGGGAUGGGUGGACCUUAUUCGAUUCAUGGAGGGUUUUAGAACUUAUAAUAAAACAAUAUUGGAGUACAUAAUUCUUAAAAACCAAAACCUAUGGAAGUGUAGAAUGCUCCUUUUUAAAUUAAUGAAUUUCCAGAUCAUAGACGUACAAGCUCUUAGCAACUUAUCAAAAGCAAAAACUAUGAUUUAAGAUUCUAAAAUCAACAAAAAAGUCAAUAUCAUUGA